GUAUUUUUCCCGACUCUUAUAUAGAUCUGUCUCGCGCGCGCGAGCUGAAUUGUUUAUAAGCAGAGGGUCACGGUAAAGACCGCUGUUGGAACAUGUCGAGUGCAGAGAUUCCUCAAAAUUGUUAAUAAUUGAUUAAUUCGUUCUGUUUAAGUUAGUUUCAGUUAAACUUCACGGAUAUAUGACUUUUCUUCGUCGUUUAUAAGUGUGUGUGCUGUGUAAGUUUACAUACGAACAUGUGUUUCUGCUCUAAGACGGUAUUAAGACACGACACCUGUACAUGUGUUAAGAUGUGAUGUAUAUUACAUAGAAAAGAUUGAUUUUCAUCAACCUGAUGGGCAAAUGUAGUGUAUGUUGUACACUCUCCUUCAUGAUUUCAAUGACAAUCAUCGGCGGAGGUACGACUGUAUGUAUCCUUAUCGAGUACGUAUCCCAAGGCCCGCUCUUCCAGGAUAGGAGUAUAAAAGGGCUCAUCAUGUUAUUCUCCGCGGUAUCGUUCAUAUCGACAGGUUUGGCGGGAUUGCUUGGUUUGCUACACAACGACUCGUCCUGGGUGACGAACUUACAGAUAUCUAUUGAGAGUGUCAUGAUGAUCGCUUCCAUAACGGCCUUUCUUGCUCUACAAGACACCGUCUACCUUCCCGGAUAUGACGAGUGUGUCCAAACUAACGUCACUUCCGUAUGCACGUGCAGUGAGAGAAGUGACGUCAAACUUCCUGAAAGCAUAUCUGCCGUGGAUUGUGACAUGCUGUUCUCAGCACGGGAUACAGCACAUGCGCUCAUCUACUUGUAUAUAGUGGUGGGAAUCAUGUGUAUUAUUGAGCUUUGUCGCGCGCUUUAUCGGGCGUGUACACGAUCCUCUCGGCGCCAGGAGAACGAAAACGACGAGGUGCUAAAUAGUCUGACUUUCUACAGUAUACCGUACCCAGAGAGAAUACACAAAAAGAAGAAAAAUACAGAAGACAAACGGGAUGUAGACAAGGAAAAGAUAUUCACAUUGCUUAAUACUUAGCCAAAUGUGCCUUCCUUUUGUGUUCGUACCGGUUGUAUCGGUACAAGGGAUAGUGAUCAUGCCUCCCUUUUUCGGGUCGAUACCGAAUGGACUUGUCCAGUAGAAAAACAACUGGUGUGUCUUGGCAAAUACAAAUUCGCAAUUCAAGAGUGCCUUCCUUUAUCGAGCUCCUGGCGAUUGGACUAUGGAAUUAUUGUCGCAAUAGCGUGUUGGCGCGAUGAAAUGUCGUGCUGGCGUUUUGGCAUAUUGACGUGUUGGCUUUGUAAAAUAUCGUUUUGGCGUUGUUGGCGCUUUGUCGUGAUGACCCCUUGUUGCGCGGUUUAAAAACGCAACAAGGCGACAUUUUAUCUUUAAAUCUCGCUAAGAAGCGGAUGAGUCACUGUUAUCGAGACCCUUGUUGACUGCACAUGCUACGCCACACAAAGAAUGCGUAGUAAUCAAGCGUUUGGUUGAAAAGGACUAUGUGAGAUGGUUUGACGUCACAGAAUACAGUUAUAUCGUAGGUAAUCUUUAAAUCAAAGAUGGGAAUCAAAGAUUUCAGCAUCAUGAUGACCUCUUUUUCUUAGCUAUAUUGAUCAUAAAACAGUUUGAAUGUGAUGGUGCUGUGAUUCCCUCAUGUAAAGUUUCAGACAAUCAAAUAUAUGCACAAUGUAUAUAGUAUUAGUUUACAUGAUAACGUUUUACCAAGUACGUGCUAAAUAAACAAUUUGUAAAUAUCUUUUUUCAAGUUCAGCAAAGAUGAGUUAUUGUACAAUUACUACGACUGUGCCUUACGUAGUAUCGGACUCAUUCGUGCCUUCCGCAGGAAACUCUCGAGGUGUUCCGAUUGACAGUCACGUGCUCAGUGAUACUUGUUCAUUGAUAAAGGCGUUCCAAUUGGAAAACCAGUCGGACCAUGUCCGAGAGGUAAAGCGGUUCACCGAAUGAUGUUCUUUUCAUCAAAAUGUUAUGAGAGUAAUUUGUAUCAAAGAAUUAAAAUGUCGAUUCAUGUAAUGAUAAAAA